GUGACAUGGAUCCCUGCCAUCAACCUGACCUUGACCACCAGCCUCCACACAUGCUCAUGCACUUACACACAUAUGCACCUACAUGUAUACACAUACACAAAAAGAACUACUGUUUAGUAAACUCCAUUGAUUUAUAAAAAGCAUCCAAUCUCCUCUCUCCCUCUUCCCUAGAGUACUAGCCAUGAGAAUGUGAUGUAUAAAAGAAUAAAAGCCUGCUGGGUGUCACCCUUUGUGUUCCUCCACCUGUCUUCUUGGAGUCCAAGUGUCAGACUCCUCCUUCCUGGAGCUGACCCUGAGGCUGAGCAAAAGUCUGAAUCAUCACAGGAAGGUUAAAUUAUAGUUCGGAUACCAUGCUUACUUAUGGAGGUGAGAACUUGAACGACCCAGUUUAAAGAGAGAAAAAUUAACAAGGGUUGCAAAGGGUUUUAAUGGUAACCCUAAAGUUACCAGAAGGUUCAGAUAGGUGGUUCUUCUCAUCUUUUGAGGUAUCUGGAUUAUUGUUUCUUUAUUCUAAUAAAAACAACUGAAUACGAUCAGAGAACAACCUCUCUCCCCUCUGACUUUCUCAGUACCAGCCUACCCCAAUGAAGGGAAGGUAGAGUCAGGCUCUUCUUUGAGAACGGCACACCUGCCAGGAUGGAGCAUCACCAGCCAGCCAAGUUCCAACACUUACUAUCUAUGGCUGUAAAUCAGUAGGGAGUGAGGUGCCUGGUUUCACUUUUGCUUUCAGUUGCAAAUGCUAGCCUAUGUCUCAGAUACUCCUAUAGAAUGUGUAUACAACUUGGGAAUGCUUUACUGUUUGAAAAUGUUGUGUCAAACUCAAAACUUACAUGUAAACAGACAUAAUAAAGUGAGACGAUUAGGUUAUAAUAACCCACAGGUGGUGUGCUGGGCAUUCAGCAUGUGUUAGCCAGCAAAGUGAGAGAAGUUCUUUGUGUGAAUCUAAUCUGACCCAUAUUCUCUCUCCCACCUGAUAGCAACAAACCAUUGGUGAGGUCCUCCAUUCUGCCUUACCCACUUCGUCACCCGACUCCUGGUACUAUUUAGUAAUCCACAGUGGGCAAGGCUGUAGGGUGCAAAGACUUGUCUAUGGUAACACAGCAUGAGAAGUAGAACCAGGACUAGAGGGUGUGACACACAGCACACAUGUGACACACAGUACCCGAGGCUGUGUGCAGCAUCUGCAGUGUGGCGUGGAGGAUUUGGCAGAAGACCCUGCACCUUCAGCCUCCCCUUUGGGUUUUAACUUACUCGCAAGAUUGCAGAGGGUCUUGAAUCGUUCAUCCUUCUCCUAGGAUAGUUUUGAUCUCUUAUCUCCAAAGAUAAAACUUCAUUUUUCUAGUGGGAAGUUAAACACUGAGAAUUACUCAAAUAAGUUACUGACACCAGGUAUAAUAUAAAAGAGAAAGUAUCUGAAACUGAGACUUCAUGUCAUGGAUUGGAGGCCUGUGUGUGCUCUCUAUAACACCUGUCCCUGUGGGAAAGACUGGGGUAAUAGAAGAAGGAGUUCUAUAUUCUGAAUAGUGUUGUCUACAUAGUUUCUUUUCUAUAUAAGUCGAAACAAACUUGUUUAACAUGUUUAGGGCCUCGAUGAGCCACCAGAGUGAUAUCUUCUUUUAUUAUUUUGCUAAUAGCAAUAGCUACAGACAGAAAUGUGCAAAAGUUAGAGCAGGUUUCGGGGAUUGAGGUAUUUGAGAACCACAACAGAAAAGGAAAGAAAGGAGAGGCAUGGACCAUUGGAGGUCACAGCAAAGUCCCUAUAAAAAGGAAUUAGCUCCUGUCUGGGAUUGUCCAACUUUUGUUUGCUAGGAAAUUCCUAGCCAGCUGUUCAUUAAUUAAAAUGUCCAUACCAAAUAUUUUUAAGCAGGAGUAAGGGGAGAUGCCUUAUACAGGUUUUCAAUUUAUUUCCAUGUCCUUAAAUGAUGAAUGUUGCUAUGUGUGCUUGCUGCUGCAUAAAGACAAAAUGUAGCCCCCUCCCACCAAGAAAAGUAAAUAGGGUUUCCACUCUUUGCAGACAAGUGUUUUUAAACCACCCCCAACAGAGCUUAAAUUGUCCAGUGUCUAAAUAAGCUUUAGUCAUCCCAGAGAACAAGUAAAAAGAGACCCAUUCCUUAUACCUUAAAUAACCCUCCACACAUAGCAGACUCAUGUUAACUUCAGAUGUCCCAGCAAACAGGGUUUUUAUAUUAAGUUUAACCUGAAUUACCCAUCCUGACCCCGUUUAAUUGUUGUAAGUGGUAGGAAUUAAUUUUGUGCAGGCAAGGAUGAAGGCUAAUCCCAGUCAAUCAGCGCCUAGUAAUUAAUCCACAUACUCUUAAAGGAGAGGGAGAGAAAUUGGCACAUUCUCUGGCUUACAGUUCUCUACCAACCUAACUGAGAGUCCCUGGGUUUUAUAGGGUUCAAAUUUCAGGAUAGAAUUACAAUUAACAAGGGUUUGCUAGAGCAGAUGGUUCUGUCCAGCUGCCAAAUAUUAAGGUGUUGUCUGAAAUCUGUUCUAACCAUGAGAGACAAAGAGGCAUUUGAGUCAAAGACAAACAUUCUCAGAUGUCUUUGGAGUGUGACUGAGCAGGUGGCUUUAUCCUGUGGGGACAUCACUGUUGUCUCUGAAACCCUAAAUCAUUGAACACUCCUGAACUGUAAACCAAUGAGAAAUCUUAACCCACCCCCUUUCAUUAGUGAGAAAAUAAAGAAUAAAUACCCGAAAAAAUAAAAUAAAAAGGCAUAUUAAGAGACAGUUUCCUACAAAAUCAAUAUCUCAAACAAGUUCUUACUAAAUUUUAUGUAUAAGGGAAGGUGACAUAUUAUACAGUCUUUUCCUUUGAUAUGGCAGAGAACAUGGAUGGAAAUAAUUUUUGUAAUAUAAUAUUUUAAAGGUUGGGCUGUGAGAUAGCUUCAUUCAUAUCCUUUAUUUCUAAGUUUCUGUGCCUUUUAAAAGAUGUUUAUUUUUAUGUGUGUUGGGGGGGAUGUGCCUGCAUGCAUAUAUGUGAUCUGUGUUUGGUGUGUGUGUGUGUGUGCCUGCAUGCAUGUAUGUGUGCCGUGUCCAUGUAGGUGCCUACAGAGGCCAGGAAUGGGCGUGAGAUUCCCCUAGGGCUGCGGUGACUGAUACGGAUGAAUUAUCUAACCUAAGUGCUAAGAAGCAAGUCUGGUUCUGCUGUGAGGACAGGACAUAUUCUUAGCCACUAAGCAACUGUUCCAGCCCACUGACAUACUCCUUUCCUAAGAUGAAAACUAAACAGUUCAUCUGCUAUGCUUUGAUGUUACAAUGAAUAUUAAGCCACAGUUAGAUUUCACAAACUAUGCCCGUGUCCAUCAGUACAGCAUGUCUAAGGACAGAGAAGGUACAAAUAUUCUACCCAAGUUGGAGAUAAAUAUAGGCAUCUCACACCUCACCCCAACUCUCUGAAGAAACCAUAAAAUAAGGAAACAUCAUCAAACAAAUCAUGAUUUCCAUGGGAAUGAUUUGAAAAUUAUGGACUUUCUUUACCAGAACUUAGUAUAUAAUUAUAAACAACAGUAUGUUUUUUUUUAAUUACUGUAGUGAUGAUAGAAAUAUCUUAUUCACUAAUUAUACUAGUUUCUCAUGCAUCGUAGUUGUUCAUUCAUUCAUUCAACAAGUUUUCAUUGCAUAGAUACUAAAUUCCAGGUACCAGUCCACAGUCUGAGAAAAUGAUGUGGCUAAAUAAAUGAAUAAAUAGAAGGACACUCAGUGUCCUUAGUGUAUGCUAGACUAGUCAGGUAAAUGACUAGAAACCAAAGAGUUAUUGGUUUGUAGGGGGGAAAAAAACCCUCACCUGAGGAGGCAGUUUCUGAGGCAAAUUCUGACAGAUUAGCAGUAUCGGCAGUGGGUACCAGUGAUAUGGAGAGAACGUGAGCGCUGGAGAAUACUGGAAAGGAGUAAUGGGUGUGAAGGGUCUUUGGAUCAAAGCUGGGAAGGCUAGCAAGGAGGAAUGGGUUGGGACACAUUGAUGGUUUUAUCAUUAUCCAAGAAUAAAUGAGAAGGCAUAGAAUCAUGCCCAGGGUGGUGUGACAUCAGGUUUGCAAUUUGGAAGAUCACAGUGUAAUUGUCUGUCCCAUCCCGGAGACAGGUUACUAGACCAUUCCUCUAGUACAGAUACAAGAGCCUGGUAGAGAGUAAUCAUGGCCAAGUAGCUAAUGGAGAAUUAAGAAGUGAAAAGGUUGGGUGGGGGUGGUAAGGAUUUGACUGGAGUGAAGGAGUAAAUAUACAGUGGUUGGCUCUUCCUGCAGACAGAGACCAGGUGGUGGUGCCAGUCUCUGUCUGGGACCCCGGGCUGUGAAGAUGACUGUGUUCCAUCGUGAGCAUAUUACAUUGUCUUUUGCUUCGAAAUCUCAAAGCUGAGAUGUGGAGCAGUCACUUGGCUAUCCCACCUCGUGCUCAGACACUUAAGCUGAGAAUGGCUGAGUUCCAGUUGAGAAAGGAUGCCAGUGGAGGUAGGAGGAGAAGCAGGUUAGAGGGGAACGGUGGCCAAACGUGUCAGAUGCUGCCAAGAAGUUAUAUGAGAAAGAGAGUCAUAAAUACCAACUGGAUUAGGCAGCAGCAUCCACAGAGCUGUUGCAGUGGGGAAGCCAGUCGGGAUGGAAUUACAAAGAGAAGUGCUAACAGCUGGAAGAGGAGACCCUGUGUCAAAGGGAGGGAGGGUUAGACAGAAAGCUUUGAUGGGCACACUCUCCCACCAUUCAGGAAGGAGGGGAGAUGCUUGUGGGCGAACUUGUCUGUGAGCAAAUCUAAAUGAACUUGCAAGUGAUUCCCCCCGUCCCCCCAGAUUGGUUCAUGUGAGCAGAAACUGUGCACGAGUUCACAUCUGCCCUGCUUUUCUCCUGUGUAUGGCCGUUCAACACUGAAGGCUGGACUGUCUGUUGGGCCAGUAGGAGACAGUGUACCGAUCAGGAGGACUUUGCAUAGCACCUAAUUCCAAACAGAUCAGCCCAAGCUGUGCCUCACAGUUAGAGACAGGAAGUGAUUAGGCUUCAGCUUUCUCUGUUUUGAAAAUGCUGUGUUUUCUUCAUGGAUGCUCUUCACAUUGAGAACUACAUGCAGACCAAUCGCUGCACAUCUUGCUUUAAGAAGGCAGGUGUAUUUCCUAGACCCUUUGCUCCAAAACCCAUUGCCAAAUCCAGGGCAGAACUGCAUUGAGAGAACUCAGCAAGACAGAGGGAUGUGUGGCCCAUCGAGCAGGAAACCCACUGCCACAGAUGCAGUUGCAUCCUUCCUCAGUUUCCCCUGGCCCUGAAUGCAGAACGGACUCCAACACUGCGCAGGCAGAGUUUGAUUGACAAAGGCAUUAACCAUUUAAAGCCCAGAGCUUGCUGUAAUGUGGACAGAGCUUGCUGCCUCGCCACACUGCCCAUCCCUGGUGUCCAUAAAGGCCUGUCAAAAUCAAGUUUCUUUCUUCAUAACUUCCUUACAGUUAAUGCUAGUUCUAUAUCUGUCCCCCAAAAAAAAAAAACCCAGAGUCGAUCAGGAACCACCCAAAACAGCCUGUCUUGUAUAGCUAUUUAUCCCAGUACUGGGCCAUACUGCCCUUGUGAAACCACUGGUGUUGUGCUUACAGAGUAAGGCCUAAGCCCUGCUUGAGAGAACCUUACAGUCCACGCAAGACACUCAAGGCAGGGCUCAUCAUUCAGGUCAAUGUCAGUGUAAGCUAAAAUCCACUGUGGAAGCUAACACUGCACCUGAGCUCCCCACAGGCCACAGCAGAAGCCAGCUGCUAGUGUAUAAACACUCACUGUAGCUUACAACCAUUCAGUGUAGAUUACCAUGGUAAAAGCAAAUGGCCUAUGCUUACUAGACAGUAUCAGCCAGAAGCAUUCAUCUUCCAGAGUUACUGUGUUCCUCAGAUACCAUGUCCAGAAGCCAAUCUGUCAGAUGCUGGGGUCUGGUGUCAAAGCAGCAAAGACCUUUCUGUCUAAUCAGAUUUUGACCCAAUUUGAGAACUGGAAACACAGAAGUAAGGAAGAGAUUACAUUGCUACCUUCAUUAUUAACUUUGACGGCCAUGUCUUAUAAUAGGCAAGCAUCAACAUACUUCUCAUCUCGUAGGCUGAGCUGGAGCGCAACCCCCUCCACACAGGAAAAGAACAUUGGGAAUUAAAUCAAAUUGUAAAACAAAACCUAGUUCCCUGUUUUACACACACCUGUCCAGCUCUUGAUUAGGGCCUCUGAGAGAUGUGUGUGGAAAAGGAGAGGUCAAAUAGAGACCUGGAAUGUAUACAGUACCAGCCCAAGGGAAACAAAAGAGAGCAUCAAUACUGAGCCAGAGAGAUUAGUGCUCUUCCGGAGGACCCAGGUUCGAUUCCCUGAACCCACAUGUUUGCUCACAGAUGUAUGUAGCUCCAGUCCCGGGUAUUCAACGCCCUCUUUUGGCCUCUGCAGGCACUGUACACUUGUAGUACACAGAUGUGCUUGCAGGCAAAAUGCCCAUUCACAUAAAUAAUUUUUAAAAAUCAGCACUGAGGGACAACUAUACGUGCCCACAAUCCUACCCUCAAUCCAGCAACUUCUCCAGAAAUAAUAGAAAGUCAAAUAUUUGCUAGAGACAGCAGACCUACUUAAUUCUUACAGCUUAGCACAUGUUUUUUACAGUUGACAGCCACUUCAUUCUGGCUGAGCUGGCAUCCCUUCGAUCAGCAUUUGCCAAGUGGCCCCUGGUGUCCAGAGUCACAUUAAGUUCUAAAGAAUUUCCAAGAAGUACGUGGUCUGAUUCAGCCCUCAUCCCCUGCAGAGGGUGAGGCAGUACUUAGGUCUAUAAAUCUAAAAGGCUGUUAAUAGCUCAUUAUCACUGUAGGAAAUUAGGAGCAAAUGCCCACAAACUAGUUUGUCAGCUCAGCACACACACACACACACACACACACACACACGCAUUCAUGCGCACACAUGCGCAUCUGUUCAUAAAAAAAGUCAGCUCUGGGGGGAGCAUGAUCUCAUGUCCUCACCGUAUAUUUUGGUAGAACUCAGCUCUGCUGCAGGGUGACCUGUUUAAGGAAGUACCUUUGUAUGGACUGGGAAGGGUGGAGUUGACCUCGUGGGCAGGACAUUACUCUUCUUCCUCUUCCUGUCCCUGUUUCUCACAGCAGUCAUGGUCAUUGCUCAGCUUCCUGUGGGGGAGGCUAUGGAUACUGAGGGUCUAUUUGCUGCCGCCAGCAAGCAUAGGCCAGCAUCCUGCUAAGCGCUGAGCGACUGUACCUAUGGGACCCUUCUCAGUGGUAUCAAGAGUAUCGUUCUGUGUGGGGCUGGAAGAGGUGGGACAAUGUUGACAAAGUGUGUUCUGGGCUAAAACAUCACAAGCAAGAGAACCAUGGGAAUGACAAGGGCCUGUGGAGCAGAGCAAAGAUAAGUGAUGCUAACAGAUAGCACCUGCUGCUGGGGUAACACCUAAAGUGGAAGCAAGCAAGGGUCCUAGAGAGAUAAAGGAUGGGCGUAGAGAGACAUAAGCUCUGUGUCCAUGCACGUUGGACCAUGGAAUGGAGUCACUUCACACAGCAUAGCAUGUGCUAACUAGAUGUACUAUGCGGGAGCAAACACUGAUAAAGACGAUGGGUCCUAACACCUUGAAGAUAUUGUGGGCCUCCUGGCCCUGUGUCAAACAUUGUCUAGAAGGAGCCCCUUGGGGAAAGUCCUGAGAAGCCCGUGAAGUCUUUCUGAGGCCCAGUGAGGCUGGGGAAGAGCCGGUUGAUUAAGGCAGAGCAAACGUAACAACAGUUAACAGUGAGCAAGCACGGUUUAGUGUUUCUGACGGACUGUGAUUCACCUGUCUCCUGGUGACAAGAGCACAGGAGGGUGGGUGGAGGUUAGAGAAUUGUACUUGCCACAUCCUCUGGCCUCAUUAGUUGCCCUCCUCAUGAACUUCUCCGUCCCCUCUGGUGGCUGUCAACAGUGGCUCUGCAGGGAUCAGAAUGUCUGAAUUUGAGCCAUUUGCUGUGCUUUUUAAAAACAGCUUUAACCACAAGCCCUAUGUAUUCUAUGCCCUUUGGAGCCCAGCUCUCAAUGAUAUAGCAGCAGGAAUGAUUAGAGAGGAGGCUCCUAGGAGGGAGUUAGUCAUGCUCUCUGGGCUUACUACCUACCUUCGCUUUUAGCUCUGCUCUUGUCUCUUCCACUCACCCUCAGCACGGCAAAGAUGACUUCUCUGUAUAUGGACAGAGUCUCUCCUGUGAUGCUAACAGCUCCUUUCGCAGCCUAUUCUGUCCAUUACAGUUGGAUACGGGGGUCACAAAGAGAUAUGUCUCCAGGUAACACACAGCCAUAUUUCUGCCUCCUUAUCCUCUCCUAAUGAGACACUGGACCAUGCCUCAGGGCCUCCACCAGUGCCCAUCCUGGCUCUAAUGCCAUCCUUCUCUGGAGGCCACCAUACUUGUGCAGGGAGUAGCCCCAUCUGAAGGCAGGUUAAGCCUGUCUCUGUGAGUCUGGGUGUGGUAGGAACUGAGAUCUGUGGAAACCUCAUCGCCCUUUUCCCUGUAAGAGAGGUAGCAUUGCCCUAUAAGUAGCUCUCUCUGAGCCCACCAUAGCUCAGCUCAGUACUCUGUGACCAGAGCUACCCAUAGUCCAAGGAAACACCAUUCCAAAAAGGAAUGGAGAUGCUUACUGCCACAGGAGGACCGCGGGAGGUCCAGGAACCAUACUUCCUAUCAAAUGCCCUUUCUACCCCACCAUGGGACCUGAUCUAACCCUGGGGUCAAGGUGUGGUGUGAAUAGACCCCAGAGCUUCUCGUUUGCAUACUAUUAUAAAUUCCCAUCCUCCAUUUCUACCUCCGUUCUCUACAACAGAUGCCAACAUUUCAUGACAUUUUGAAAGGAUUACACAGAAAUGGCACAGCAAGAAUUAGCAUGUGGUAGUGACUAUAGUGAAAGACAAUAGGACAGGAUUGGGUGAGAGUCAAAGUAGUACUAAGCUAACUAAGUAUGGAAAUGGCAUAUGUAAAGUGAGUACCCUUAAAACACUGAUAUGUGGUUAUGGAAAUACUGCCUUUAAACAAACAAAUAAAUAAAAAGCAAUAAUUAAAACCUUGUGGUCAAGUCAAGAGAUUUGUGUAGUUUACCUAUCUUCUGAACUACUUACCUAGUUCUCCCCUACCCCCAGCUUAAUGCAGAUUUUGUUCUCACCUGUGUGCACCUCACAUAUUGUCCAGUAGGGGGCACCUAUGUCAGCAUGGGGUAUUAGUAUGGUCUCAGUACUCUUAAAGAGGCCACCAGCCAGCUCAUAAAAGAAGAUGAUCCCUCCAUUGCAAUAAGCUCAUCUUCGAAAAGGCUUUGAGAAUAUACAUGGCUGUGAACUGCUAAGUCUCUUAACCCCUCCAUCCUAAAAGACCAAUAUAAUGCUUAAAGUAAACACUCAGGUUGUAAACCAGGUCUGUUGCGGGGGAAGGAUGGUCCCCCGGAAGUGAGAUAAAGAAAUCUCAUACCCAGUAUGGCAGAGAAAGAUAGUCUGAGGCAAACUGGUAGACUCCACCUCACCUCUCUCACAGCCAUUUUUCAAUGCUGAAAAUGUCUUUAGUCCUAAGGGAAAAAAAAAAAUCAAAAGUAAUUCCAUAUCAUACAUAGAGAUAGGUGCUUCUAUUUGCUUGCCUCUGUCCCUCAGUCUCAUUUUUAAGUUUUGCUAUUGUCUGCUGUUUCUUGUCUCCUCUCCCAUACUUUCCCUGAGCCUCCUGAGAGAGGUCUCAUGACACAGGCAAGAUGCGGAUGUGGGUGGAGGACAGAGGUGGGAGGAACUGCCCAGGCCUGUCUCCCUUGGGUGGAGCACCUCCCAGGAGGACAUGAUCCUCCUGCCUGCCGGUGGCAGCCAAGGAGGCUGCCCUUCACCCCAGCAAGACCAUAGGAACAUGUUGUCGACCACCAUGGUGGGCACACUGGUCAGAGGGUGGAGGAAUCGGAGCUCCCCUAGAAGAGCAGAAUUGAAGCCAGCCGCCCCACAGAGACAAGGUGGGAUUCGGAUUCACGAAACAGAUGGACACCGCCAUUUGCAACUGGACGUGCCUUCAGCUGUAAGUCUAGUUCCUGAUCCAAGGACCACAGCGGAACCCUCCGAGUCCCCAGAACCAAAAACUAUGGAGCUUUCCGACAGCGACCGACCCAUCAGCUUCGGCUCCACCUCAUCCUCGGCCUCCUCCAGGGACAGCCACGGUUCCUUUGGCAGCAGAAUGACUUUGGUUUCAAACAGCCACUUGGGCUUAUUUCACCAGGAUAAAGAAGCUGGGGCCAUAAAGCUGGAGCUGGUACCAGCACGACCAUUUUCCAGCAGCGAACUGCAGAGGGACAAGCCUGCCGGACCACAAAACAUGAAUGGGGUCAGCGAGAAGCAGCCUAGGACUCCAUGGAGAAUGGACACGAGUGGGACACCACAAACCACUGCAGACUCGGCCACCAGCCCCAAGCUCCUCUAUGUAGAUAGAGUUGUACAGGAAAUCCUGGAGACAGAGAGGACCUACGUGCAAGAUCUAAAAAGCAUCGUGGAGGGUUACCUGGAAUGCAUACGGGACCAAACCAAACUUCCCCUGGUGACCGAAGACAGGGCUGCUCUUUUUGGAAAUAUACAGGAUAUCUACCACUUCAAUAGUGAACUUCUUCAAGAUCUGGAAAACUGUGAAAACGAUCCUGUGGCCAUAGCAGAAUGUUUUGUGUCCAAGAGUGAAGAGUUCCACAUUUAUACCCAGUAUUGCACCAAUUACCCAAGGUCUGUGGCCGUGCUAACUGAGUGCAUGAGGAACAAGAUACUCACCAAGUUCUUCCGGGAGCGCCAGGAAACUCUGAGACACUCACUACCCCUAGGGUCCUACCUCCUAAAACCAGUCCAGCGGAUUCUCAAAUAUCAUCUCCUUCUUCAUGAAAUAGAGAACCACCUUGAUAAGGCCACGGAAGGCUACGAUGUUGUGCUGGAUGCCAUAGACACGAUGCAGCGAGUGGCCUGGCACAUCAAUGACAUGAAACGGAAGCAUGAGCAUGCUGUCCGCUUGCAGGAGAUCCAGAGCUUGCUAACCAACUGGGAGGGGCCUGACCUCACCAGCUAUGGGGAGCUGGUGCUUGAAGGAACCUUCCGCAUCCAGAAGGCCAAAAAGGAGAGGACUCUUUUUCUCCUGGACCAGCUGCUGCUCAUCACAAAAAAGAGAGAUGACACGUUUACAUACAAGGCUCACAUCCUGUGUGGCAACCUCAUGCUUGUAGAGGUCAUACCAAAAGAACCGCUCAGCUUCAGUGUCUUCCACUACAAGAACCCCAAGCUUCAGCACACAGUUCAGGCCAAAUCCCAGCAAGACAAACGUCUCUGGGUUCUGCACCUGAAGAGAUUAAUUCUGGAGAACCACGCAGCAGCAGCAAAGAUCCCAGCUAAGGCCAAGCAAGCGAUUCUUGAAAUGGACGCCAUCCACUAUCCAGGCUUCUGUUACAGUCCUGAGGGAGAGAUGAAGACACCAUGUGGUUCUGCACCCCAUCGGCUGAGACGGAAGUCAGAACCUUCCUCGAGAUCACACAAAGUGUUGAAGACCAGCGAAACUUCACAAGAUAUCCAGAAGGUUUCUAGAGAGGAAAGCCCUUCCCAGCUGACUUCUGCCGUGCCUGCCCAGAGGAACUGCCAGCCCGGCAGCGCUGCCGUUAUCAAUAUGCUUCGCGGGGGAGGCGGUGUUAGAAGCCCAUGGACAGAUCACCACAUCAGGCAGCGGACGGAUCACCACAUCCGGCAGCCCUUGUUUCCAAGCCGCCGGUCUCCACAGGAGAAUGAGGACGAUGACGACGAUUACCAGAUGUUCGUCCCGUCCUUUUCUUCCUCGGAUCUCAACUCCACCAGGUUGUGUGAAGAGAACGCUUCAAGUCGCCCUUGCAGCUGGCAUCUGGGCCUCAUCGAACCCACAGAGAUCUCCAGCUCUGGUCACAGGAUAGUCCGACGGGCCAGUAGUGCAGGUGAAAGCAACGCAUGCCCUCCUGAAGUAAGAAUUAGAGACUGUGAUGACUCUCAGUACUGUCCCGGGAGACAGCUGCAGAACAGUCCUCGACCAGGAGGAGAGAGGGGGAUGACUCCCUAUGGGUCGUCUGUAGAGUUGACCAUUGAUGAUAUAGACCAUGUCUAUGAUAACAUAAGUUUUGAAGACUUAAAGUUAAUGGUUGCUAAGCGGGAUGAAACUGAAUGUUCUUUCUCCAAACCAUCCAGAGACUCUGUUCGCCCCAAGAGUACCCCAGAGUUAGCCUUCUCAAAGAGACAGGUUAGCCACAGUACAAGCUCUCUCCACUCAAGGAAAGAGGCAGGCCUCGGUGGUCAAGAGGCAUCCACCCAAAGCGUACAUGAACACCAGGAAGUGGAAGAAAACAUCUAUGACACCAUAGGGCUUCCAGACCCACCAUCGAUGAACUUGAACCACAGCAGCCUUCAUCAGCCCAAAAGGAGCACCUUCCUGGGUCUGGAAGCUGAUUUUGCAUGCUGUGACAGCCUGAGACCAUUUGUCUCCCAGGAUAGCCUCCAGUUCAGUGAGGAUGACAUAUCUUACCACCAGGGACCCUCCGAUACUGAAUAUUUGAGUUUGUUAUAUGACUCUCCCCGCUGUAAUCUGCCUAUUGCAGAUAAGGCUCUGUCCGACAAAUUGUCUGAAGAAGUAGAUGAAAUCUGGAAUGAUCUGGAAAAUUACAUCAAGAAAAAUGAAGACAAAUCAAGAGACCGCCUCCUUGCGGCCUUUCCUGUGAGCAAAGACGAUGCACCAGAGAGGCUAUAUGUUGACAGCACCCAUGAGCUGGGCAGGGAUACAGGACAUGCCACAUCUAUGCUGGCCCUUCCUACAAGCCAGACUUUCCUCCUGCCUGGGAAGAGCAGAGUUGUCAGAGCUAGCAGGGCCAACUGCUCCCUGGAUAAUGACAUUAUUUCAACAGAAGGUUCCUUCCUGAGUCUUAACCAACUCUCUCUGGCCAGUGAUGGGCCUCCUGUGGACAAUCCCUAUGACCUGGCCAACUGCAGCCUGCCCCAGACAGACCCAGAAAACCCUGACCCCGGGAUGGAGGUCACAGACAAGACUAAGAGCAGGGUCUUUAUGAUGGCCAGGCAGUAUAGUCAAAAGAUCAAGAAGGUAAAUCAGAUUUUGAAAGUGAAAAGCCCAGAGUUGGAGCAACCACCGUCCAGUCAGCAUAGGCCCAGUCACAAAGACCUGGUGGCCAUCUUGGAAGAGAAGAGGCAAGGAGGGCCCGCCAUUGGUGCCAGGAUCGCUGAAUAUUCCCAACUGUAUGACCAGAUUGUGUUCAGAGAGACACCCCUUAAAGCUCAGAAGGAUGGCUGGGCCAGCCCCCAAGGACCCACCCUCCACAGGCCUGUGUCACCUCCCCAGGCCCAGGGCGCUGGUGAGGACUGGCUCUGGCAUUCGCCCUACAGUAACGGAGAGUUGGCAGAUUUCUCUCCCCAGACAGAACAAGACUCAAAAUCAAAAUACCCCAUCACAUUAGAGAGCACCACAAAAAUUAGGCCCAGGCAGUUGUCGGGUGCUUGUUCGGUGCCGUCUCUCCAAGUGUCGGACCCUCUGCUGGGCUCUGUGCAGCAGAGAUGCAGCGUGGUGGUCAGCCAGCCCCACAAAGAGAACUCAGGUCAGAGUCCUCUUUACAACUCGCUGGGUCGCAAAGCAAUCAGCGCUAAACCCCAGCCUUAUAGCAGGCCUCAGUCAUCUUCCUCAAUCUUGAUAAACAAAUCUCUGGACUCUAUCAACUACCCCAGUGAGACAGAGACGAAGCAACUACUCUCUUCACAGAAAAGUCCCAGAGGCGCGAGCCAGCAGGAUUUGCCGUCAGGGCUAGCAAACUCAUGUCAACAGGACAGGGGCAAACGGUCCGAUCUCACGCUCCAAGACUCGCAGAAGGUUCUCGUGGUAAAUAGAAAUUUACCCUUAAGCGCUCAAAUAGCGACGCAGAACUACUUUUGUAAUUUCAAAGAUCCCGAGGGAGAUGAAGAUGACUAUGUGGAAAUCAAGUCAGAAGAGGACGAAGUGCGUCUGGAUCUCUCUCCAAGGCGGGGCAGGAAGUCUGACCCACAGACCCCGGACCCUGACUGUUCGGAUAGCAUCUGUAGCCACAGCACACCUUACUCUUUGAAGGAGCCAGUGAGUGGCAGGCUUGGGCUUCCUCCUUACCUGACAGCAUGUAAGGACUCUGAUAAACUGAAUGAUUAUCUGUGGAGGGGGCCCUCACCCAAUCAGCAAAACAUUGUCCAAUCUCUGAGGGAGAAAUUUCAGUGUCUUAGCUCAAGCAGCUUUGCCUAGGUUUCUAGAACUGUCCAAAUUAGCUCCCUAGGCUUACAAAUUACCAUACGAAUGAGGUUGUUUUUUCUGUAUUUUCUUUCAGUAUAUGCACUGGUUUAAAACAAUUUUGUAAUAACAAAAGGGUAAAAUGUGCUUUCGCUUAUAGCACAACUCUUUGAGCUGGCCCACCAUGACAUUUACCGCCCCGACCCCCAUGUCCUAACAGUGGUACCCACUCAUAGAAUACCUUCUCUCCACAUCCCAAGGAGUUUUAUACUGUGACUCAGAGGCACCACAAGUGAAUCUCUCUCUCACGGUUUUUUAAAAAAAGAGACUAGAGUUAUUUAAAGAGUCAUGCUUAUAUGUGGCAUCUCUAUAUUUGACAAGACUCAAGAAUGAUGCAUGCCAGAGACCACUGGUUAGACUGUAGCCUUGUCACGUAUUUUAAGGACACCAUGCUGGUGUCCUGAUCACAUUUCCUUUAGAUGCCAACAUACUGUGACUAUUGAAGAGGUUAAAAUGUAGCCCUAGCACCAACUUGCUAUUGGGAAAAACAAAAUGUUUUUACUUGUGUUCCAGGACAAGGCCCAGAUGGUGUGCCACUAUUUAUGAUAAGUCUACAGUUUCCGGGGUAAAAUAUAAACUAUUUCUUUCAUGUCAUAAAGAAAGCCAAUCUUAAUAAAAUACAAGCCAAGUUGAUUAUUAGAUAAGAUAGGGAGACUUCUGAAAACACCCUAUUUCUUCAUAUUACAAGUAAAGGGGAAUUGCCUCUGUAAAGACAACAACAGGAGAAGACAUGACUGUAGACACCUGCCUCCUAUCAGUACAGGGUAAAUCUUCAGGUAAAAUAAGACAAAAUGCAUUUAAAUGCCCCUGUCAAGAGCAGUUCUUCAUUGGCACUUUCCUGGGCUUGAGGUUCAACUGAAUGCCCACUUGAGAAGUCCUGGCCACAGUAUUGGGCAAGAGUGUAUUUUCUAAACAGCUAAUAACCCAGGGCCUUUCGAUGUUUUGGAAUAUACAGAACGGAGACUCUGGUUGCUGGAUUCCGACUAGUAACUUCCCUUACCCUGUACUUACAGUCUCGUACAGCACCUCACUGUGAUGCCACACCUGUCUAACUCCUUGUAGACAGGAAUGGAAGAUGAAAAGCAAGGCACUGUGAUUCAAAGGAAAACGAGAGAAACGUAAAAGCGUCUUCCUGAAGGCCCCGUGCGUACAGUCAGAAUAGGCUCUCUAUUUCUGUUCCCAUUUCUACACAUUCGGGACUCCUCCUUCACUCCUUCACCCUCUCAGUCUCAGUUUUAACGUUUCUUUUUAUUAGAAUUAGGCAACCUGCUCCAUUUCAAGAAGAUAUGAUGAUAAACACACUACUGAGUGUUGUUGAGUGUCCAGAGUGUGUUUCAUCGCUUUGCACAUCUUUGGCUACAGAGCUCAGUCCUACUUUGUGUUGUUCAAGUGUCUAAUCUUGGGAUUAGACUGGUGAGAUUAUCUUUCCUGAUUUUGCUAAGAGAUUUCUUCAGAACUCAUAACUUGUGAGGAGAGCCUGUAAAUUGGAACCUAAUUCUAGAAUAGCUUGUCCUUUUCCCACAUCAUCUGAAAGAACAUCACUGUGCACAUAACUCUUGGUUCCAGGUUAAAAGUAGUCUCUGAGCUAGUACAAGUAUUAAGACUUAGGUGACCGACUUCUUCUGGAUGGGUUUCAAUGCCACUCAACCUCUGAAAAGAAUCCCAUAACAGAUUUUUAUGUGUAGAAGGCUCACUGCAAGAAGCAUGUGAGUAAUUGGAACACAGUCCUCUUUAUUUCUACCCAUCGCAUCUACUCCACUGCCCACAACAGGGGAGAAUGCCUCCAUUUGUCUAGUUUCUGAAAGCCUGGUGGUUGCACAUUCUAAAUCUUGCUUACAAAUCAUUUUCUUAUUUACCAAGUCUGACACAUCUUCUGUUGGGGGUUCACUGGUCUGACUUAUUACCAGAUGUUUCUGAAGUGCACCUUGAAGCUGAUCCGGAACAGCUUUCUCUUCAGGCAAAUAAGACCAAUCAAAAUCUGGGCAAAAAAAUAGCCAGGCUAAAUUCCCUCUGAUUCUGCAGUAUCGAUGAAGACUCUGACGACACUUCUCAAGCUUUCACAUCCACUAGAGCCCCAUCUGAACUUCUGUUCUCUUCAGUUUCGACAGCUUUUCUCCAUGAGCUCCUGCUCUCAGUUAUCAAGGUUUCUGGAGUCUGGAGAAUUUGUUUCCUGGUUAAGAAGGGAUAGAAAUUAAAGUGUCAACUAGCUCCUCCAAUUCGACUUCUUUUCCCUCCUGAUUUUUUUUUCCUUUUUAGUCUCUAUGGCCCACAUCCCAGUACAGUUCAUGUUACUGUCCUGUUUGAGUCUCAGAAAUGAGUAAUUCUUCACACCAGUGUUUCAUUGCAUGGUUUGGUGUCACCUGCAAAGGGGAAUGUCACAUUGUACAAAACGUCUUAUGUAAGUGGUCCUUUAGGCUCUAGGAUAAAGCUGUAGUUUUAUUGAUCAUGUCUGUGGACCAGGCUGCAGACUUUGAGAGCCUGUGUGUGUGUGUGUGUGAGUGUGUGCUUAGAUGUUCCCUCAAUGUUAUCAGUUCAAUGCUUUUGUUUAAAAUAGUUUCUUCUGAAGGUGGGGGUGGGGAUGUACAUAACUGGGAACGUUUUAUGUACUUAAAUGUUCUUACUGGGUUCCUGUACUGAAGGGUCCAAUUUUUCUUUUUUAUAUAAGUUCACUUUUCACCUACUUUUUGUCUUCAUGGGGGGGGGGGAAAGUUGUGCAUCUUGGAAAACAUACUUUAAAUACUGUAUAUAAGACAAUGAAACUUAGUAAUACCCAUUAUUUAAUAAAGUUUGUAAAGUGGAAAGUAAA